AAUGAGGCAUAAAAAUUCAAAAUCCAAUGGAAUUAUUGAAAAAGUUGAAGUUCUAAGUAACAAGCGGCAAAGAACUUUAAAUCGGACUGAUACUGUUGCUACCACUUGGAUUCUUGAACAUCUUGAGGAGUGCGAACAACCUAAUUUUUCAGUUUGUGACGCUUAUGAAAACUACUUGAAUUGGUGCAGAGAAAGUAACAGACCCGUGCUUUUGAAGACAGAUUUUGCUAAAGUGAUUAAAAAGCUUUUCCAGAAAGGAUUUAGUCUUAAAACGUCUUCUCCACUUUAUGCCCUAGUUAAUAUUCGAGUAAAUAGUCGAAAACCAUUGCGUCAAUCUGAUUCGACUUUAAGGCUUGAAAAAGCUAUUUUGGGGAUUUUAAAACAAGAGGAAAAUCCAAGCAAAGGAAUGCGUAUUUCAAGCAUAAAAAAUCAUUUGACUACAAAAUUUCCUAUGGAGAGUUUCGACGCAGAAGCUUUGAAAAAAUUUUUAGAGGCGAGAGUUGAUAGUGGCGUGAUUCAACAAGUAAAGAGUACGGGAAAAGUUGGAUUGUAUAGAUUAAAUACUGCCGAUUCUGACAAUGAAUCUAAUGUAAUGGAAAAUAUCGAAGACUACGAAAGGAAUCAAGCUUCCGAUUUGAAUAAUUCAUAUAACAGUGAAAAUAAUAUCGAAGCAGAUGAAGAGAAAACUAGUGGAAGUAAUUUUAAAGAAACAAAACAAAAAAUUACUCAGUUAACCAGAAGACUAAAUUUGAAGAAGAAAGGAGCAAUCAUUAAAAAAGAACCUAAAAAAACUGCAUCAAAGAAAGCGUCAGCUUACAAGCUUAUUCAUAGUAAGCCAACUCGAGCUGAGGAUACUUUUCCUAUGGCUAUGUGCUUCUGUUGCGAGCCUAAGCUGACAAGCAUAUCCAAAAUAUGCAAUUACCUUGAGAGAUUCUAUAAUAUUAGCCUGACCAAGAAUAAGUUAAUGAAUGUAUUGAAUCGUGGUGUUGGUCAGGGAUAUUGGUCAAAAGCAACUUCAAAGUCCACAAUUCUCGAUAAAAUACAAUUGGAAAUAUCAUCGUUUAAUCCAUCAAAUGAUAAUGAUCUCAUGGGAAAGAUAAUUAAUGCAAUUCUCGCCUGCAAUGAACCAAAAGAGUGCUCUGUUCGUUGCCUCAAGCAAUAUGUAGAUGAGUUUCAUCCCAAUUUCAACAUAACGAAGAAUUCGCUAAUUCUAAAGCGAGCACUUAAAAAUGCUGAAGAGAAGGGACUUAUAAAAAGAAUGAGUGGAACAGGAGCUACGGGGACUUUCCGCUUAAAAAAUUCUUUUACUCCAUCUCCCGUCCAGUUGGCCGGAAAUGAUAUGGAAAGUGAUUACAACGAUGACACGAACGGAUCCAACUCAAUCGGCCAGACAGUUUAUUGUGAUGUUAGAAAACCAAGGAAGCCUAUCUCAAGAACUUCGUCGAAUGAACAAUCCAAACUACGUGCUGAGAGGAAAAUGAAUAGUUCAAAGGAGCUAUUGAGAAAUGUGCGCUCAAGUAAAAAAAUAAAGGAAAUGGAAAACUACACCGGCGGAACACUAAAAUCAAAAUCUGACAUAAAAAAGGAGCUUGCUAAAGUACAUAACGUAUCUAUAAAAACUCCUAAAAGGAUUCUACGAGUCAGACCAACUCCAGUUAACAGAAACAAGAGCGAAGCAUUAAAUUCUGAGGCGUUAAAUAGACGCAGGGGAAGAAGCGCUGCUCGUAAACAAAAUUUGUAA